GCAGCUCAGCCCAUCAGCUCUGCUGCGUACGUGCAGAAUUAGAAAACCGAUUCUUUCUCCUCCUCUUUUUAAAGCAGCAACCAAUGGACGAGGUAAAGAUAAUCCUCUUAGGAGACGCUGGUGUGGGCAAGACGAGUCUCAUCAACUGCUUCAUUCACGAGGGAGACGGGCUGGGUAGCUCUGGCAAGCGGAGUGGAUCCGGUGGCGGCGUGAGAAGCUCUCAUUACGAUCCAGACGUGAGAGUGAAAGAAGUGAAACUGAGCGAUAGCAGAUCAGUAAAGACGUACCUACAUGACAGUCCUAGGAGAGAACACUCGUUCAAUUCGCAAAGUGUAGCGCCUAAUUUUUACCGCAAUGCAGAUGUAGUCAUACUGGUAUACGCAGUGGACGAGAACCCAACAUUGGAGGCACUGCAGGACUGCUGGGUAACAGAAUACGCCAGCUACCAAGACGUAACGAGUACCUCGUGGAUAAUCGUUGGUAACAAGAACGACCUCCCUCUUGACAUAGAUCAGAAGAACCUUGAUCAUCUGGUCCAGCGACUAGGAGGACCUAGUGAAGUUGUGACCCUAUUUGCUUCGGCUAAAACUGGGAAAAAUGUCAAAGAGGUGUUUGAGAUUGCUGCAAAGAAAGGCCACGACAGAAGGAAAAUGAAAGAAGGGACUUUGAAUUUAGCCGAUAGAAGAGCGAUUAAACCUAAAAGUGGAGGAGCAGCUGCUGGUGGAGGUAGCUCAAGAUCAGGUGGUGGGGGGUGCUGCUAAAUGUAAUUAAACUCUAAAUAGAUAGAUGAUAGAAUUACUUAUUAUUAUUAUUGUUGUUGUUGUUAUUAUUAAUCAUUAUUUGUUGAAAUAUGCUGCACACUAUGUCCCUUGCUUGGUAUAAUAUAUGUUAAAAUUGUCCCGUUACUAAUUAUUACUAUUAUUAUUAUUUAUUUUAAUUCAA